AUGGCUCGAACAAAGAAAACAGCAAGAAAAGUUGAUUUUUCUGCUACAACUCCGCUGAGUAAAAAGCAGGCUCGACAUUUAGCUGUGAUUGCUGUUUCUGCUUCUCAAGAUCCGACCAAAUUCGAAGGCAUUCCCUUUGGUGGAUACGGCGUUGUGUGCGACAACAAGGGAAUCCCGAAUGUCUCUGGCAGUCUAUUUGGCACUUUUGCAAACUCCCUGUGUAUUGAGCUGGAGGCAAAUCUAUUUGAAGUAACUGCUGGCACUGAACUGGCCAAGGCAUAUGAUGAACAAGAGAUGCAACAACUGAAUGAGCAUGCCAGCCUAAUGCAAGGCGCUAGCAGUACCUCAUAUCUACAACAACAACAACAACAAUCGACUUCUUCCAACACAUAUUUGCAACAGCAACUGCUAGUACCCUCUGAUAUGCAAUUACAGCAACUGUUAUCACAGCUACCACAAUCACAGCAACGAGAAUCACCUUCUUCAGAUAUGCAGCCAUAUCCUACUACCACAUAUGUACAAACAACAGUCUCCUCCGUAACACGCGGACCUGCUUCAGUUCAGGCUGAUGUAAAACCAUCAGAUGCUCAUGCCAAUCCUGACGUUCAUCAAACGAACAACAACAACAACAACAACAGCAACGAUAUCACCAUUAUUAGCGACGAUGACGAUGACGAUGGUGACGAAAUCUAUGUGGAUGCUGUCGAUUAUACCGGCUGGACCGACUUGGAAAGAAAGCGGCCGCAAAUCCGUACCUUGGAAACAAUGAAUAAGUGGAUUACUGAUAUUUUUCGUGGUUUUAAUCAAUGA